ACAACAAACGCUGCCAUAAACCUUGAUAUUGCUCGCAAAAGUAAAACUUUAGAUCGUGCCAAAAAAGCGUAAUAUUCGUUAAAAUUGAUAUCAAAAUUCAAACAGCCGUUCGUCACACAGUUGAAGUGAUAUCGGAGCGUUAAUCACGAGGUGACGACACGCGGGUUGGAAAGCAGAUCAUCCUCAAGAGUCCCACAGUCUACCGAGGUAGGGUUGCGAUAUGGAGUCGGUGGAACACGCCCUCAAGUGGCUUUCGGUAUAAAAUCCGUUAUCACUGGCGAUCCUAUCAGUACCGAACGUGCCGUGUCCGGAGAAAGUGCUUCCAAGACAAUCCCUAGAACCUGUAGACUAGUUAGUGAGACAAAAUGCAGAAAACCGCGUUUGUUCUGGCUGCCUUGGUGGCAUGCUUGAUUCCACUGAGCAGUGGCCACGGCAUGGUCCUGGAUCCGAUAGCCCGGGGUUCCCGAUGGCGGUGCAGUGGGAAGGCUCCAAGGAAUUACGACGAUAACGGGUUGUAUUGCGGGGGAUACUUUACGCAAUGGGAUAAGAACGGCGGAAAAUGUGGCCUGUGUGGGGACAAUUAUGCCGACGAAAUGCCCAGGAUGAACGAGCUGGGCGGCACCUACGGACAGGGAGAGAUUGUGCAACAAUACCAGAAAGGUGGAGUUAUAGACGUGAAGGUCAUGGUCACCGCCAACCACAUGGGACACUUUGAAUUCAAUCUGUGCGACCUGGAUGAAGCGAUGGGCAACGAAACGGAAGCGUGCUACGGACAGUAUCCGCUGCUGGACGCCAAAGGGAAUCGAAAGUGGUACCUCAAAUCGGCAGCGACUGGGGAAUAUCUGGUUAAGGUGCAGCUGCCCAAGGAGCUGACCUGCGAGCACUGCAGUUUGCAGUGGACUUAUGUGGCAGGAAACAACUGGGGCUGGUGUGGUGACGGUACCGGAGCCCUCGGUUGUGGCCCCCAGGAAACGUUCCGGACGUGCUCGGACAUUAGCAUUCUCGAAAGCAGUGACGUUCGGCUGUACGAGGGCUUCGACUACUGCUCCUGGGCGUCGCGUUCGCUCAAUUCGAUUUCCGUCGACGACGAGAUUCCCGAAUCGGACGUGGAGGAGCAAGAUUAGGUGGAGUUAUGGUGUAUAGAUAUCAAUUAAGUUGUGUUGUUGUGAAUGUGAUUGUUAUCAUCGAAUAAAUAGUGCGUCAAUCUCA